ACAAGCGCCGCUCGGCACGUGAUAAGAUCGGUGGCUUUGAGGCCACGGGUUACAUUUCCGUUUCGGUUCACAGGAAAUGGUUCACGAGUACAGUUCCCGAGUUGCGCACGGCGUGAGGGUUGUCGUCCCCCCCAUCCAGCCCUCUUCGUGAGCUAUCCGGGGAACUUUGCCUUUCGUGUUUGUGAGCUGGCGUUACUCUGGCGCGCACGCGCGCGCGCCUGCCUGGACGUUAGUAACAACCCUCCCCCGUUCCCCAGCGUUCUUGGUGUGGGGUCACACAGAGGUACACACAUCCUCGGCGUGCCGAGAUAGCUGACCAUUUGGUGGGAGAUUCAAGCAGCAAGCAAACAAAGCUGGUGAGUCGAGGAGGCGGCUAACCAGCGCCAUGUCAGCGAAUUGAACCUGCGUGAAGCCCAGCGGUGGGGGUGGUGUCCCUGUAGUGGCUGCGUCUCGCUGAGGGCGUAGUACUUCCCCCGGAAAAGGAUGGAAGUCGAGGAGUGCAACGCUCACGCCAGUGAGACGUCUACACUGCUGGGCAUAUUGCCCAGGCACAGCUACGCGUGCAUCAACAACUGCCCCACGUGCCGAGGCACUGGCCGCGUUCCCAGAGACGAGGCGAACAGGCUGGUGGCACUGAUUCCACUCAAUGACCACCGCCUCAAGCCAAACAAAACGUUGCAGUACGUCCUACUCUCCAUGCUCAUUUGCCUCGUGACGUCGGGGCUGCUCGUCUUCUUCAUAUUUCCCCGCUCGGUGCUCGUGAGCAAUGGGGACAUCGAGUCCGUCUAUGUCUUCUUCAGCGAGAACGGCAAUACCGUCAUCAUGAACGUAACGACCAGCAUCGUCAUCGAGAACAGCAACUACUACUACAUCGACCUUUACAGCACGUGCAUUCAAGUUGAGUUUGGUCACAAUGUGCUGAACAAAACCUGCUUCGAAAAGGGCCUUGUGGUGAAGCCUCAUAGCCAGGGUCAAGUAAGACUAUCCAUUAUUCUGUCGAUAUUUGGGAUAUAUGAAUACUGCACCAAGCCAUCAAUCAAGGUCCACAACGUGUUCUUCAAACUGCACACGACGGCUGUCAUGGAUGUGUUGAACAACCACCAACAGAAGUCGACCAUCGACGACUUCCGUUAUUUCGACUGCGGAAAGAACGUGACUCAUCCCGUGCCUAUCCACAUGGAGUCGUGGCUGCCAAAACGCUACUAAUGACCCCCCCCCCCCCCCCCCCCCCCCUUUCUCUCUGGCUCAUUAGUACUGACCAAUAAUCCUCGUCGACACCUAGUCACUUGAAUUUGUUGGACAGAUCGUUCAAGAUUGCCACGUUAUUUUUUCGUAGAAGUUGUAGGCAGUAGUUGUAUUUGUUUAAUCCAGGGGAGGGGAAUGUCUGGCCCGCGGGCCGUACAAGGCCCGCGAAAUCAUUUGGGUCUGGCCCUGCCAAGGCAUCCGCAGGCGGGACUCGAAAUUUAAUAAAUCUAGGAGCAAACCUGGAAAAGCAGUUGCGAGUAGCAAC